GGAAAAGAAGCUGCAAACUUGAACACCGACCUGUGAAAAUUGUUUUCAUGGAAGGGAGGUCCAAAGCGCAAGCUCUGAUAUCAAUAGCCAUCUCGUAUAUUUGAGGCGAAGUUAAUUUUUACCUUGUUCUCAGAAGCCAGCAUUAGAAGCAAGCGACCCAAGAUGUAUCAACUCGUCAACUCAGACGUGUACAAGUACCCUGGCCAGGAGACCUAUGUGCUGGACAUUCUUCCAGUUGCAACCGGAUUCGCUGCGACGGCAUCGGACCAAACUCUCAGCCUCUUCGACCCCCUGAGACUGAGCCAGGGGCCGACUACGAAGAUCAGGACAGAUCACGGGAAUCUCACUGCUGCGGAGAUCUACAGCGCCGGCGAGUCCGUUGUCUGCACCACAGGGGAGAAUGGCACUGUCUCGGUGUGGGACAUGCGCCUGGACGCUUCUAAUGCCCGGGCUAUGCAAAUAGGGGGCAACUUACCAAGCUUACUAUCACUCGCAUGCUCGAACGAGGCAAACACCGUUGCUGCGGGCACAGAGCUCGCCAACCACCAAGCAUCCAUCAUCAUCUGGGACCUCCGCUCCCCUUCCUCUCCACAAAUACAAUACAACGAAGGCCACUCCGACGACAUCACUGAGCUAUCCCACAACCCCACGACCCCAUCACUCCUCCUCUCCGGCUCAACUGACGGCCUAAUCAACAUAACCGACACCCUCAUCGCGGACGAAGACGACGCCGUGCAAGCAACCUUCAACCACGGGUCCGUGCACCGGGCCGGGUUCCUCAACGCCACCGAGGUCUUCGCCGCGUCCCAUGACGAGAAGUUUGCGCUGUACGACAUAGCCGAGCAGACCCACACCGGUGCGGCGACGCUCGAUCUCGGCGACGUCCGGGCCCUGCUGGGUUGUCAGUACCUUGCCGCCGUGGUCCCCAAGCAAGGCGGGGUGGGGGCCGUCGUGGGUGUUGGGGCGCAGGAUCAGGAAAUGUUCCAGUUGAUUCACCUGGCCAAGGGGUCUGGUGGAUGGGGCCUGGAUAGGGAGACGAUUGUUGGGUUGCCCGGGGCGCACGGGUCAGAGUUGGUGAGGAGCUUCUGCUUCUAUGACGAGCAGCAGGUGGUGUUCACGGCUGGUGAGGACGGGUGUGUCAAGGCUUGGAGGCCAGGGAGUUGAGUUUGAAGUCAUCGGCGAAGUGGGAGAAGGUAUUUGCAGCGCUGUUCGACAGCGGCCGUUAUGACAAGAAGGAUACAAGUACAGCAAUAUAGGUGCCAUUCAUGGCAUUCCGUCGCGUCUUCGCCCAAUUAUAUACUAAGCCAUGC